GUGCUUGGUGCUGGGUGGUACCAAAGGUCCCACGACGCAUGUUGCAACAAGGAUGCAUGUUCUCUCCACGAGGCAGUGGGUAGUCCACGCGAGCUGUCCACGCUACCGGUAUCAAGAUCCGAUGACAAGCAGAGCUCCACCAUCUGGGGACACGUUGCGUGCUUUUAGCCUUUGGCGCAACAUCAAUUGAUUGGCAUGGCAGCCCACGCCGAAGGCCGUGCGACGAUCGGCCAAGCCGACAAUGUCUUUCUCAGUGCCCACCAGGAGCUGCAGCGCGACUUGGCCGUCUUGGUCCUGCAAGCCCUCGUUGCGACGGGGCAGCUGCCGCCAUCGUCUGCCGUGCUCGACGCCAUGGCCGGCACCGGCAUUCGCGCCAUCCGUUAUGCGCUCGAGGUGCCGGGUGUUUCGUCUGUUGCCAACGACCUCGACGCCGCCGCGCACGCUGCGAUAGUGGCCAACAUUGCCGAAAACGGCGUCUCAGACCGCGUGCAGGCGACGCAGCUGGACGCAGUCGAGUGCCUCUGGACGCACCGAAGACGGUUCCAUGCGAUCGACCUCGAUCCCUUCGGAACGUGCGCGGCGCUGCUGCCGAGCGCGAUUGCCUCGGUUGCUCUCGGUGGCGUCGUCUGCGCCACCGACACGGACAUGCACACGCUUCUCGGAAAGAACGGACCGUCGCACGCCGAGUGCUUCCGACGCUAUGGCGCGCUGCCGCUGACGUCAGCAGCCUUUGGGAAGGAGCUCGCGAUCCGCAUCGUGCUGGGCCGCGCCGCGUCGAUUGCGGCCGACUGCAACCGGUCGGUGACGCCACUGCUGUCGACGGCGUUUGACUUUUUCACGCGCGUCAUCUUUCGCGUCCAAGAGGCUGGUGACGCGCCCAGAGUGCCGCUCGCGGUCGUCGACCAGUGCACGCACUGUGCGCACUUUAACGUGCACGAGCUCGGUGCAGCUGUGACCUGCGUAGCACAGUGUCCCAUCUGCAACCACGCGCUGCAGGUAGUUGGCAAAAAUGCGUCAAGGAGCGAAGGUCAUCGGCAUGCGAUGUGUAGCGGGGUGGUCCGUUCUGGGCGGGGCCGCUGCAAGAGCGCACUGUGCUAA